AGUGUCGUAUAUGAAAAAAAUGGAAAAACUACAUCUGAAGAAGGUGAAGUCACAUUUGAAGAAAACAGAAAUACUAUGUUCGAGGAAAACAGAGAGGCCGCUAAUAAAAGACGUGUACUUCUUUUCAAUGUUGAACUAUUUGAAGUUUCAAUGCAUGAUUUUGAUUAA